AUGAGCACAGGAGCCAUUUACAGACCAGGCAGCCAAGGGACCAUGGAAGAUCCGGACACCCAGGAGGGCCUGCAGGUGACCCAGUCCACUAUCCUCUACCUCAUCCAAGAAGCCUCCAAGCUAGCAACUCCCUCCCCUGUCCACAACCGCUCCAUAGACUCAAAGCCUAAGACUUUACCUGUAUCAAAUGAAAGGUCUAAAAAGAAUCAAGUGUCUGAUCAUAGACCUUAUCCUCCUCAGCACAAUUCCUCUCUCGUGAGCCUUCAUAACCAGCCAAAAGAUGACUUAGAACAAUGUAGGAGACAUACAAACUCAGUCCUGCCCAGCCGUCAUAGUAGCAGCAGUCCGUGGGAGUUGAUGAGCCUGAUCAACAUGCAGUGUGAGAGACUCCUCCAGUCAGAUGACCAAGAGGGAACCUCAUCUAGGGCUCAGUUGGUUCCUAUAGACUCUGACGAUCAUCCUCCUGAAGGUGUGGGGUACAGUAAGAACACUGUCCCUGUCUGCCCCACUCUAGUCAGUACCAGAGGGGAUUCUCCCCAUCAGCAUGUCGGGUCCAGGGGAGAGAUGGGGGAGUUGGGUGGAGGUGGUUAUUGCUCACCCACAUGUCCAGGUACCAGUUCUCAGACAUCACCAGAUGUCAAUGGCAGCUACAAAACUAAACCUGGUGUGGGAGCUUCAGACUCUGAGGUUGUAAAGAACAAAGAAACAGGAGCCACAUUUUGUCUUAACGGUGAUGGAUUGUCUGUGAGUGAAGAAAGCAGAAAGGUCCCCUGUGCCUUAGUCCAAGAAGACAACACAGUGAAGGAGGUCCGUCCUGAGGCGAAAGACGGGCUGUCAGUUAAACAUCCGUCUGUGUCAUAUAUAAACCUGUUUGGGCAAACGCUUGUCCACAAAGUAGCUACAAUUCAGGAUGCAGCAAGUCUGUCGUCUCCCUCCGUAGACACCAUGACAUGCUUACAUCCAGGCCCAGAAGAGCUGAACCUUAACAUGACCCUGGACUUCAACUCAAACAUAUGUUUUACCUUUGACCCCAAGGAAGACAUGCCACCAGCCCCGAACUCCCCUUAUAAUACUAUGUUGCUCAUAUUGAACAGUGAAGCAGGGUCUGUGAUUGUGAACGCAAAGUCAGUACAAGAUGGCAGUUUUGCAGGCGUCAAAGCCGAGCUCAACGAAAGAUCCAUGGAAGAGGACACAGACACACAUGGACACUAUCCCCGCAGCCCCCAGUCUCCCUCUCCGUCUGACCCCAUGUGGAGGUCCACCAAGGCCCCCAGGAAGCAGCUCCGUCCCAGCCGGAGUGUGGAUGUUGGAGACCCAGACUUCCAGGGAGUGACGUUCCGGAUGCAGACGGAGCUGGACGACAGCAGGGAGCAGUGUCGUCUUCUCAUCACCUCCAAGAAGUACAGUGAAGAGCUCUCCAGUGGUCCGACCAGGAGGUCACUGAGAGCAGGCAGGUCCCGUUCAUCCCAGAGUUCCAUGAGGACCAGCAGCUCUGAAGAGAGCGACCCCUCCUCCAGUGACUACCAAUCUCUAUCACUCUUCACCAGGAGGGGGCGCCACUACUGCACAAAACAAUACCAGCACCAAAACCGAAUGAGAGAGGAGCCGCAUACUGAGUCAUGGAAACAUGUCAUUUCAUUAUUCUACAACAUAUAUUUAGGAGGAUUAGGGCACAAGGCCUGUUUGUUUGUACUGAUAGCCACUCCUUUCUCCCCAUCAGAGAAUAAGAUCUGUGCCUCUUGCUGCACCAUGAAGACUCCUCUGUGGCGAGAUGCUGAGGAUGGUACCCCGCUGUGUAACGCCUGUGGAAUAAGGUAUAAGAAGUACAAGGUACGCUGUCUGCAGUGUUGGCACAUCCCUAGGAAGGAGGGCAACUCCAACUCACGCUGCUUCAAAUGUGGAAACUUAUCACGGCUGGCUACGUCCCACCGCAAGCAUUCUGCCUUGUAGGGGAAGGGAACACACUUAGGCUUUGGCAUGAGGUCCUAGACACUGAUACCACAGACAGUCCCCCUCCAGGUACAUGGUAAUUGGCCACACCUCCUGACUUUGACUCUUGGAGUUGUUUGAUAAUUUAUUACAUCACAUACUGUCAUAGUGGGUCACAGUGUUGGCUGAGCCAUGGUGAGUCACAGUUUGACGGGUAUGGCUGCUUUUAGCACUAGCGUGCACUUGUCACUUUAGGAAGAAAGAGUGUUCUUCAUUUGAAGUCUCCUGCUUGGAGGCUGUGUCUGACAAUAGACUUUCUGUCUGAAAUGACCCUGACAAAAGUAGUGCACUAUACAGGGAAUUGGGAGUCUCUGGCCAAAGGUAGUGCACUUUUGGGACUAAGGACCCAUGGUUCUGGCCAAAGAUGGUGCCCUGCUUUACUGGGAAUAGGUAGCCAUUUUGGACUGUUUUACUCCCCUUGUUUACUAGGCUUGACCUUGGUGCUAUCCAGUUUGUAU